AACUUGAUUCCUUUCAUCUUUGCAGCUGCAGCCGAUUAAAACGAGCCGUCAUCAGGAGGUGAAAAUCUGGCCCAUCUGUUGCCUGGUUGACGUAAAGCAGGUUCGAUCAAUCGGAGCGGCCGUUUUGGUUCAGCUUUCUUCAUUUCCACCUGUCAGAGGUGUGAGGUCAGGGCGGGAUGCGUCCCGAUGGACGAGGCGGAGCACAGUCGCUAUGUGGCCCAGCUGAGAGCCGAGUUCGACCGCUGCGACACCACGGCGACGGGCUUCCUGGACCGGGACGAGCUGACGGAGCUGUUCAGGAGGCUGCAGCUGGACGCACACCUGGAGCUGCUGCUGGACGCACUGCUGGGAGAGCAUCCCUACGGCAGGGUGAACUUUGAGGAGUUUAAGGACGGCUUUGUGGACGUUCUUUCCCGCUCCCUGGACAUCAGCACCUCUGAGGAGGACAGCAGCUACCUGGAGCCAGCGCUCCCCCAGGAGGUGCAGCCUAAGCUGGUCAAAGGAACCAAACGCUACGGCCGGCGCUCGCACCCAGAACCCCGGCCCGGUUCUGGUCUCACCGCCAACUCCGGGGAGUCCACCCCAUCCGGAAGCAACGCCGCAGACUCUUCUCCACCCGCCGUCCGCAGAGCCAAGCUCAGGAGGUCCACUUCUCUGGAGAGCCUGGAGAGCCUGAAGUCUGAUGAAGAGGCAGGAAGUUCCAGGAUCGACCAGAAACCCUUUCAGAAUAAAGCAGAUCAGCAGGAGGAAGGAGGAGCAGGUCCAGGUGUUCAGACCGCCGUGUGUGAUCCACUGACUCUGCAGGAUGUGGACGUUCUGCUCAGGAGGCUGGAUGGCCACCUGGACAGCCAGGCCGGGGUCCAAAGGUUCCGUCAGGGUCUGUGGAGCUCCGCCCCCACGUUAAGCUCCACCCCUCUGAGAUCAGCUAAGAACCAGCAGCUGGUACCGGAGGAGGGCCCGGCCCGCUCGGCGUCCCCCUCCCUGCUGACGGCCACCGUGGGUCCGAGAGUUCUGAGCCGACUGGACGACGGGUCGGGGAGUACCAGCCCAGAGCGGGUGGCGGCCCUGUGGACGGAGGAGGGGAUCCGGAACAGCUGGGAGAUUCUGCAGACUCUGGACUUCUCCCUGGAGGACCGGCUCAAUCUGGCCGACCUGACCCUGGCUCUGGACAACGAGCUGCUGGUCAGCGGCAACGGCAUCCACCAGGCGGCGCUCAUCUCCUACAGGAGCGAGAUCCAGCACCUGCAGGAGGUGGCGGAGCAGGCCUGCAGGGAGCGGGACAAGCUGAGGGCCGACCUGGAGCUGGCCGACCACAGGAACCUGCAGUUGGUCCGGGAGGUGGACGACCGCCACGCCAGCAUGGAGACGCUCAACGAGAGCAGGAUCAGGGACCUGGAGCAGGACUUCAGGGAGCGGCUGACGGCGCUGCGCUGCCAGGCGGAGCAGGAGAGCGAGGCGCUGCUGCAGCAGGGGGAGCAGGAGUGCAGCGCGCUGCAGGAGGAGCUGCAGCUGCUCAGAGCGCAGGAGGCCGAGCUGCAGGAGGAGCUGGGGAGCGCCGCUCAGGAGAAGCAGCGGGUGGAGGAGGAGCUGGAGGCCACCAAGAUGAAGCUGAGGGACGCUGAAGGUUCUGUGCAGAGACUGCAGAAGGAAGUGGACCAGCUGCUGAACCACAAGGUGAUCCCGGGUUCUGGACUUCUGGGUCGGGUGGAACCUGAUCCCGGUCGGCGUCCGCUUGGUGUUCGGUGUCUGAUGAAUGUUUGAUGAGCCUCCGCUGUGACUCGCUCUUCUCUCAGCGCCAU